GUCAGGUCUGACGCUGACCCUGCUUGUGAUCAAGAACAAGAAUAAUAAGAAUAUCAAGAAUCAGGACAAAAGAUAAGGAUAUCAAGAUUAUUCAAGUAUUUUCCAUAAAUCUGAAGUUUUUAUUUUCAAAUAUUUCUUAUUAAUCUGAUUAAUAUCUGGUAUUUUAUUUUUUCUAUUAAGUUUUUGGUUAAGAAAAAGUGAUGGCGAAGAGAUUUUCUGUUAUGCUUUUGCUAAAUUAUUAAUCUUUAAUCAAGUACAUAUUUAAUAGUAAAACUUCCGAAGUCCUUAGAAAUGACCGACAAUGCAUGUAAGGCAAGACCUAAAAGAUAUGGACUUCUAUCAAAAGUUUCCUUGAGUGAACUGAAAACUAUUCGGAUAGCUGUUAAAAGAAGUAAUAUUACUGUACAAGGUCCUCCUACCCCUAUAGUGAGAAGCAUUGAUGAUCCCAAACGAAUAGUACCACUGGUUCAUAUCAAAACUGGUAAUGAUACAAGACCAACAUCUCUAUUUGACAGGGAAGAUGUACAAGUUAAUCAAGAAGAAAGAUUCGUUUUAGCAGACGCGAAUCGUCUAGAUCCUGAUCAUUCACCAAGCUCUAAAAGUAGCACAAGAUCUAGAUCUCGAACGCCAGCUGGAAAAAGCAAAAGUUCCACUACCACCGGAAGAGGAAAUGACGGGAGAAGAAGUAGGAGUAGAGACAGAAGAAGUAGGAGUAGAGAUAGAAGAAGUAGAAGUAGAGAUAGAAGAAGUAAGAGCAGAGAAAGGAGAAGUAAUAGUAGAGAAAGAAGAAGUAGGGGCAAAGAAAAAAGAAGUAGGAGUAGAGAAAGAAGGAAUGAUGACAAACCUGGAAGAGAAACAAGAAUUGAUAGCUAUAGUAGGCCCAGAAGACACAGCACUGAUCAGGAUGAUAGAGAAAGAAGGAGCAAAGUAGGGAGUAUAGAAAGACGAGACAAUAGAAGAAGCGAAGACAGACCUACAACGCGGAAAUCGCGUAGCAGAGACAGAAGUAGGGAUAGAGAAAAAUCAAACGAAAGAUAUAAUUCAAAAAAAUACGACAGUAGACAGAGAGAUGACUUCGUUUCUAGAAAAAGGUCUCCAACACCAUUAAGGCCGGGUGAAUACAGGCCGGGUCAUCCUGAUUUGAAGACGAGAUCUAGAUCAAGGGGUAGAAAUGAUAAAAUCAGAUCUGUUUCGAGGCGCAGUAGAUCACCGUCAAGGGAUAGGCAACAACCUUCAUCCUCUCGCAGAUCCAGGUCACCAAGAUAUGAAAAACCAUCUGCAAGAAGAACCAGUCGUUCACCCAGAAGAUCUAGAAGUCCUGCGGGAUAUUCAGGAAAGAAAACGUCUGGCGAUAAGAGAUGGAGUAGAUCGCCCGUGAGACAUGGAGAGAGAAAAAAAUCUCGAUCACCACAUAGUUCCCCUAGUAAACACGCCCGACGAUCCAGCAGAUCGCCCGGCCGCCCCCACCACCACGGCCGCUACCGCCCGCCGGCGGACCCGCGCAGCACCCGCAGCCGCUCGCCGCACCCGCCCGUCGUCACGUUCAACCGCCAGGGGGCGGUCUCGGGUCGCCGGCGGUCGAGGUCGCCCGAGUACGAGCGCGACAGGCGACGGCAGGGACGCAGGAGCAGGAGCCGAUCGCCGGCGAGGCGGGCGGACGGGUACGACUACGGAUUCUACGAGGGUAUCCCAGGUGCUGAAUUUUGGAUCCCCGGUACGAUUCGUCCGAGUUUCCCAGCCGUGCCACGGUUCUACCCGCCAGCUUUUUAUCCCAGAGGUUUCCCGCCGGGCACACCUAUCAUCCUUCCUCCUCGUUACCCCAUGAUGUAUCCGCCUAUCAGACAUAGGCCUGUCUAUAACAGGACCAGGUUCGCGAGGCCGGCGACAGAGACGGCUAUAAGUGGAGUGGGGGAAAAUGCCGUGACUAGUGUGGCCUCUGUUGCAAGUGCUGGAGAAGUGAUUGUGCAGGAGGUCGUGGAAGGAGAGAAAACUGAGGUUGGGAGUGAGAGUAUAGAAAAACAAUAAUGGAGAAUUAUGCUGAGAAUAUGCUUGGAAAUUUGAAAAUUAAUUUGAAUUUUGAUCAAUUGUUUGAUGUAAUGAAUAGAUAUUAAUCAGUUUUUUAUUAAUUAUUGAUGGUCAAUAAAUGUGAAGAUUUCUUGU